ACGCCCUGACGUCAGAGCGGGAAGACGUUGCGCCAUUUUGAAAGUGCAGUGGAGUGAGUAGGCUACUCUUGGUUACAGAGUUUGAAAGUUUUGCCGUUUCUCUAUUGAUGAAAAGUAGCGAGAGCAAUUGAGCGGGGUACUAAAGAGAGCCUUUUCAUUGAGUUAACUCGCUGUGCAGUUACUUUGUUUACCAGACUUUUCUUGUGGACAUUUUACUCCACCAAGCCCGGCAGAUUGGUACGGCAAGGACUGAAACUCAAGACUGACAUUCCCUCUCAGCAUGGCAGGUGCUGGUGACGGGGACAAUGAGGUCCAGUGGUGCUUCUCUCAGGUCAAGGGGGCGUUUGAUGAUGACAUCGCUGAAGCUGACAUCAUCUCCACAGUGGAGUUCAGCCACUCAGGGGAGCUGCUGGCCACUGGAGACAAAGGAGGCAGGGUGGUCAUCUUCCAGCAGGACCCAGAGAGCAAGAGCCAGCCUCUGUGUCGAGGGCAGUAUAACGUGUACAGCACCUUCCAGAGCCACGAGCCUGAGUUUGACUACCUGAAGAGUCUGGAGAUCGAGGAGAAGAUCAACAAGAUCCGCUGGCUACCCCAGAAGAACGCGUCCCAGUUCCUGCUGUCCACAAACGAUAAAACCAUUAAGCUGUGGAAGAUCAGUGAGAGAGAUAAGAGACCUGAAGGCUACAACUUGAAGGAGGAAGAUGGACGUUACAGAGAUCCCAGCACAGUCACUGCUCUACGGGUACCCAUAUUCCAACCCAUGGACCUGAUGGUGGAGGCCAGUCCACGGCGAAUCUUUGCCAACGCACACACCUACCACAUCAACUCCAUCUCCGUCAACAGCGACAACGAGACCUAACCUGGUCUGACCGACGGACCGGCGCCGGUCAACCUGCUGGAACCUGGAGAUCACCGACCGCCAGCAUUCAACAUUGUAGACAUAAAGCCGGCCAACAUGGAGGAGCUGACGGAGGUGAUCACUGCGGCCGAGUUCCACCCCCACGCGUGCAACACCUUCGUCUACAGCAGCAGCAAGGGCACCAUCCGCCUGUGUGACAUGCGCGCGUCAGCGCUCUGCGACCAGCACUCCAAACUGUUUGAGGAGCAGGAGGACCCCAGCCGCCGGUCGUUCUUCUCGGAGAUCAUCUCCUCCAUCUCAGACGUCAAGUUCAGCCACAGCGGGCGCUACAUGAUGACCCGAGACUACCUGUCCGUCAAGAUCUGGGACCUCAACAUGGAGAGCCGGCCGGUGGAGACCUACCAGGUGCAUGAGUACCUGAGGAGUAAGCUGUGCUCGCUGUAUGAGAACGACUGCAUCUUCGACAAGUUUGAGUGCUGCUGGAGUGGAGAUGACAGUGUGGUGAUGACGGGCUCCUAUAAUAACUUCUUCCGGAUGUUUGAGCGGGGCGGGCGCCAGGACGUGACUCUGGAAGCAUCGCGGGAGGUCAGCCAGCCGCUCAUGGCCCUGAAGCCACGCCGCGUGUGUGCAGGCGGAAAACGCCGGAAGGACGAAGUGGGCGUCGACAGUCUGGACUUCAGCAGAAAGAUCCUGCACACCACCUGGCAUCCCCAUGACAACAUCAUCGCCGUGGCUACCACUAACAACCUGUAUAUUUUCCAAGACAAGCGUUAACGGGCAUUAACAACUACUUUUGAUAC